AUGGACAAGAAAUGCGAGAGCAAGCGUACCAACAGGAAGCAACGCACUGGUAUUGACCCGUCGGCCAAACAUCAAUCGAGUACAAAAUCUGGUUCACUGCACGCCUCCAUCAAUGUCCCGACACAAGGCAUCAUCAUGAAACAGAUGGGCAGGCCAAGGAAAAAGAGACGCGAUGAAGAAACCCAAUCCUCAGCGACUGAGCAGUGGGGGUUUGGUGAAGGUGUCCAAGAUAUGAGCUCCUCUUCAGCUCAGACAGAUAGCACAAUGACCUCACCAUAUGCGGACCUCCUGGCUCCUCAACUUUCUCCUACCAUGUAUUCAGGAUUCAGUGGCAUGGGGGAAUCCAGCGGCAAUAGCAUCGGCUAUGACUUCAGUGGCAUGAACGCGACGUAUAUGAGUGCUCCUCAGGCCAGCUCUACACUGUAUGGAAUGAGCCCACCGACUGUAGGGCUAGAUUAUUGCCAGGACUUCAACAACCGAGCCUUCCUUCCCAACGCCCAGCCGUGGACGUCUUCACCUCCUACCCAAUUCUCUCCUAUCACACAACCCAACAACUUCUCGCCGGUUCAGAGUCACGUGCCAAUACCCGAUCAGCUACCUACGCCGCCAAGCACGACCUUUGACUUGACGUCCCCAACGUCAUCCGGGUCCUGCAAUUGCAUCCCAACCAUCUACAAGACCCUCUCAGAAUUUCCCCCCAGUGUCGCUGCACCAUCCUUCCCAGCAACCCUGGUACCUCUGAAAAGAGUUAUCAACGUGGCUCUAGGCUGUCUCUCCUGCAGUCUCUGCGGCUUGACCUACAAUAGCGCACUGCAGAACAGCAUGGGUCUCAUGACCCUGCUCCAUCUGUCCGUAGUCACAUACAGGACCUUGUUGCACAACAUUGAUGUACAAGCACACGGAAUGGGCGAUCGCAAAAUCUCAUACCGAAUGGGGGAGCUACAGGAUCAUCCCGCAUCGUCACAUUUGCACACCGGCACCAACGACUGCCCAAUGGGCAUGUCGGUGGACCUCUCAGGGACCGAAUGGAGGACGCUGGCCCGCAAGGCAGUAAAACAAGACAUUUGGGGCAGGACAAAAGACCAAGCUGAUACAAUGGUACAAGUCCUAAAGGAGAUGGCGGCAAGGCAGCGUAUAUGGCACGGUCAAUUUGCAAACGAUUCGCCGCAUCAUGCGCACAACCACCAACAGAUUCCCAACCUUGGAGGACAGCAAGGGUCCAAUUGUAUAUGUAUUCAGGCCCAACAAAUCGAUAAGUUGAAGCGUGAGGUGGAUGAGCUUAGGUUAUGA